AUGUCGACACGCGAGGAAUUGAUUUUGUAUGGUAAGGAGCUUGGUUUACAGGGUCAGGAAUUACGCCAGUUCGUAUCUGAGGAACAAGCCAAGGCCAGACAUGAAAGAGAAGAAGACAGAAGGGUAAGGCUACAGGAGCUUGAAGAGAAAGAGAAGGAGCGUCUUUUCCAGAAGGAGAUGCUGAUGGAAAAAGCAAAGCUAGAGAGAGAGAGCGAAGCGAGGGCGAUUGAAGAACAUAAGAGGCAGAUGGAAUUGCAAGCUUCCCAGUCAAAACCAACGGUGCGAGAUGGAACAGCAUUACGGGGUCCUAAGCUGCCCGCAUUCGAAGAGGGUAAAGACAACAUGGAUGCCUAUUUGCAGCGUUUCGAGAGAUAUGCGACCGCUCAGAAGUGGGACUCGGCUAGUUGGGGAGCAAAUCUUAGUGCUCUACUGAAGGGGAAGGCACUCGAUGUUUUUUCUCGACUUCCAGUGGAACAGGCACUUAAGUAUGAGGAGCUUAAGAAGGCUUUGCUCAGGCGCUUUGAGAAGACAGAGGAAGGUUUUAGGAAGGCAGUUCAUUCUGCAAGACUAGAAAGCGGGGAGACCUUUUCUCAGUUCUCUUUGAGACUGGAGAAUUACUUUGAGAGAUGGGUAGAGAUGACAGGGACUCAAAAGACUUAUGAAGGCGUAAUGGAUCUUGUUAUCAGAGAUCAAUUCAUUUAUUGUUGUGGGAGAGAUCUGGCGUUAUUCUUGAAGGAAAGAAUCCCGAAGUCGUUGGAAGAGACGGCCAAGCUCGCGGACCAGUUUGCUGAUGCCAGGGGUAGUAGGAGUAACCUAAUGACUACAAGGACGACCAAGCAUGCUGAUAGCAAACCACAACAGAACAAUAGUCCACACACAGGAGACAACUCUCGUGGGAAGUCGUCACUGCCAUCAAAGGAGAGGAAGUGUUAUUCUUGUGGAAAACCAGGUCAUUUGUCGUACGAGUGUCGGGGUAAGAAGUCAUCUAACGUUGCUGCUGUAGUAGGGGAGAUUGGCUCGGAGGAUGUUUGUAGACGCAAACACUUGUCAACAAGAGGACGAGGGAGAAGAUCUACUAGAAGUAGAAGUAAAAGAAGAUGCAGUGAAGGUACUCGGGUACAGGCAUCAUCUCCUUCAGUUGAUAGAAGUCCUCCCACUCUCAGUGAGUCAUGCAACAUAAAGAUGGCUGGAGACAGAGGCAUGCCGAUAGCAAGUGGAUAUGUUGGCGACCAUUUUGUUACGGUGUUAAGGGAUAGCGGUUGUAGCGGUGUUGUCGUGAGGAAGGAUUUGGUGGACCCUUCUAGGAUUUCUGACCGGCAGCAGGUGUGUUCGCUUGCAGAUGGAUCCAGGAUACAGGUGCCUGUGGCUGAGUUAGAAAUUGACACACCCUAUUUUAGAGGAACAACUGAUGCCUGGGUAUUGGAGACACCCCUGUACGACCUGAUAAUUGGUAAUGUACACGGUGCGAGACCCCCCAACCAUCCUGACAACGAUUGGCAAAGCGAGAAUGGAAGAAUACAGGCUGUAGAGACGAGAUCUCAGAAGAAAAGGAAUCAGAAUGGAUAUCGUGCACUACAGGUGAAGGAAGUUACUGACAUUGGGACAAUGGACGAGAUUAAGGAGGAACAGAAGGUGGACCCUACUUUGUCAAGAUUUAGGGAUAUGGCCAAGUUAGACGACCAGCAUGAACGACAAGAUGGCGGAGUUUCGGUAAUAUUCUACCAUAAGGGUUUGCUUUACCGGAAAUUUCGGAGUCCAAAGGUAGCCAAUGGGAAGGAGUUUCGGCAGUUAGUAGUUCCCAGGAAAUUUCGACAGGCGGUGUUGGACCUUGCACAUGCAUCCAUCAUGGCGGGGCAUCAAGGAGUCAAGAGGACAACAGCACGUGUUCUCUCGGAAUUCUUCUGGCCCGGCGUCCAAGCAGAUGUGACAAGGUAUUGCAGGUCAUGCGAUAUAUGCCAGCGAACUAUUUCUAAGGGAAGGGUUCCUGUAGCGCCACUGGGGAACAUGCCGCUGAUUGAUACGCCAUUCAAGAGGGUUGCAGUGGAUUUGAUUGGACCAAUUCAACCAGCAACAGAUAGGGGAAACAGAUAUAUUUUGACGGUAGUAGACUACGCGACAAGAUAUCCAGAGGCUGUAGCGCUACGUGGCAUAGAGACGGAGCAAGUAGCAGAAGCGUUGGUUGACAUAUUUAGUAGGGUUGGAGUUCCAGCUGAGAUGCUCUCGGACCAAGGGGCGCAGUUCACUUCUGGUGUCAUGCGUGAAGUUGCCCGGCUGCUGUCAAUGAAGCAAUUGACAACGACCCCUUACCAUCCCAUGUGCAAUGGGUUGGUUGAGAGAUUCAAUGGUACGCUUAAGCAGAUGCUUAGGAGGAUGAGUGCGGAACGACCAAAGGACUGGGACAAGUUCAUCAAUGCAUUGUUAUUUGCCUACCGAGAAGUUCCACAGGAGAGCUUGGGGUUUUCCCCUUUCGAACUAUUGUACGGAAGAUCAGUACGUGGACCAAUGAUGGUUUUGAAGGAAUUGUGGACCAAGAAUGUGCCAGAUGAAGAAGUCAAAUCUACAUAUCAGUAUGUGAUGGAUUUGAGGGAAAGACUGGAGGAAACGUGUCAGUUGGCAAAGGAACAUUUAAAGAUGGCCAAAGGGAAGCAGAAGAAGUACUUCAACAGGAAAUCGAAGGUUAGACAACUGAAAGCAGGAGACAAGGUAUUGGUGUUGUUGCCAACCAAAGCCAAUAAGUUGCUAAUGCAGUGGCGUGGACCAUUUCAAGUAGUUGAGAGAGUUGGACCGUCGGACUAUCGAUAUGUAGAACCAGAAGUCAAAAGGUCGGAUCCAGAGGUUAGCGGAAUCCUUGGGUGUAUAGCCACAGCGGUUCUUCAUGAGGACGAAGACGAUUAUGAAGGAAACCCUGAGUUAGAGACACUUCCGUCAAAGACUGGUAAAGAGGGAGUGGAUGAUGUCGUCAUAGCUGAGGAAUUGACGUCAUCACAGUUGGAGGAUGUCAACGAGCUACUACAUUCUUACACAGAUGUACUCACGGACAUGCCUGGCCAUACCAACUUAGCUAAACACGACAUUCAUACGACAACAUCAGAACCUGUUCGUGUGAAGCAGUAUCCAUUACCAUACAGCACCAAGGAAGUCAUAAUGGAUGAGGUCAAGAAGAUGAUUGAUAUGAAAAUCAUUGAACCAUCGGAAUCGCCCUAUGCCGCACCUGUUGUAAUGGUGAAGAAGAAGGAUGGCAGCAACAGAUUCUGCAUUGACUUCAGGAGGCUAAACCGUGUGACAGUGUUCGAUGCUGAACCAAUGCCAGACACAAACAACAUCUUCGGUCGGCUUGCAGGAGCGCGUUACUUCUCUAAGCUGGAUCUGUCUAAGGGAUAUUGGCAGGUGCCUAUGGCGGAAGAUGCGAAACCAAAGACUGCAUUCAGCACUCCCCAAGGACUGUUCCAAUUUCGGGUAAUGCCGUUUGGAUUAGUUAACGCACCUGCGACGUUUAGCCGCCUUAUGAGGAAACUGUUAGCGGGAAUGGACUGGUUGGAUAAUUUCAUCGACGACAUUCUCAUUUUUACGGAAACAUGGGAACAACAUCUGGAAGUGUUGAAGGAAUUAUUUGGUCGGUUGAGGAAAGCGAGGUUGACGGCACGACCUACGAAGUGUUCGAUUGGUUUCAUGUCUCUACCUUGUCUGGGGUAUGUAGUUGGAGAUAAGCGACUUCGACCAGACCAGGAAAAGAUCAAGGCUAUAGAAGAGGCACCGAAACCAGAAACAAAGAAACAAGUGCGAUCGUUUCUGGGACUAGCGAGCUUUUAUCGGAGAUUCAUACCGAAUUUCUCUGCAAUAGCCAUACCUCUGAGUGACCUGACCAAGAAAGGACUCGCAAAUAAGGUUGAGUGGAACGACAGUCAUGAAAAGGCAUUUGUAACUUUGAAGACGAUGUUGACCAGCAGUCCUGUUCUGAAGUUACCGGAUCUUACACAGGAGUUUAUUCUCAGGACUGAUGCAUCCGAUACGGGUAUUGGGGCUAUUCUGCUGCAAGAGGAGAACGACAAGCCGAUGCCGGUAGCAUACGCUAGCCGGAAGCUUCUUCCCCGUGAGAAGAAUUACGCCAUUAUUGAGAGAGAGUGCCUAGCUAUCGUUUGGGGCAUACAAAAGUUUGAACCGUACCUGUAUGGACGGGAGUUUGUUUUGGAAACAGACCACCAACCAUUGACGUAUCUGAACCGGACGAGGACAGCUAACGGAAGGCUGAUGAGAUGGGCUUUGAUGUUGCAGCCUUACAGGUUUCGCUUGCGGGCCAUCAAGGGUUGUGACAAUGUUGGAGCGGAUUAUCUCAGCCGGAUGUAG